CUAAGCGAAGCGAGCGGGGCCGGACCUCAAACCCAACUACAAAUUAAAAAAAAGAGGGCGCUAUAAAACUUAUUUCAAGUCCGUGUUUUUCCCCGCAUUUCCUCUCGUAGCCCCCGACUGUGGUCGACCUCGCUCCCUUCUCUUGCUCUCUCUCUCUCUCUCUCUCUCUCUCCCCCUCUGUUUAUUUCACUGAUUUAAAACACUCGCAGCGAAAUCUCCCACUCGACCCUCGAAUUCCCGCUCGAACCCUCGCUUUGCAAUCCAAGUAAUCGCUUCUCCGCUAUGGUUCGAAUAAGAACGCGCAAGAAGAUCGCAAACUUCUUUUUUGUGGUCGAUUGGAACGUCUGCUUCUGAAUUUUCCUUCUCUCUCUUUAGCUUUCCUGGAAGUCUGGAGUCGAUUCUGUUCGAGCAGAGAUACCCAGUUGGAAUAUAACGUUGUUAUGGACUACGGGCUUUCCGACAGCAGCGGAACUGAUGAUGAUCUUCCUCCAUCACAUCAGAACAGAGGAGUUCCUAGAGGAGGUCGUGUUGCAGGAAAUGGAAGAUCAUCUGUUUUAGGUUCUGUCCCAUACCCGAGGAUGCAUACAGAUAUGGAGACUCAGAUCCACCUCCUUGAGCAGGAAGCAUAUAGCUCAGUGUUGAGAGCAUUCAAAGCUCAAUCAGAUGCCAUUACCUGGGAGAAGGAAGGUUUAAUAACAGAACUUAGGAAGGAGCUCAGAGUAUCAAAUGAGGAACACAGAGAGCUUCUGAGCAAAGUCAAUGCAGAUGACAUCAUUAGGCGGAUAAGGGAGUGGAGACAGGCUGGUGGACUUCAACCUGGUUUUCUCAGUACUGCUCAACCUGUUCAUGAUUCAAUGCCCAGCCCUAGUAUCUCAGCAUCACGCAAGAAACAGAAAACAUCACAAUCGGUACCUCCUUUGUCCUUGAAUGCACCAUCCCCAGCUUUACACCCUCAAGCGGUAGCUGUGUCCAUGCAGCCAUCAUCAUCGGCUGCAAAACGAGGGGCUGCAGCAGGAGCCAGGGGCAAGAAGUCUAAAUCAGGUCAGGCAUUGCCUGGUGUAUCUUCAAUCAAGUCCAUGCAAUACACUUCCACAGGUGCAGCUGGAAGGGGUCAAGUUGCUAAUCGGGGUUCCUCCGGUGCCCUUGUAGCAAAUGAACCUGCUGAAGCAGCAACAUUUGAUCCAUUAAUUGGGCGGAAAGUGCUGACAAGGUGGCCUGAAGAUAACAACUUCUAUGAGGCUGUUAUAACUGACUAUAACCCUGUUGAGGGAAGACAUGCUUUGGUCUAUGAUAUAAAUACAACAAAUGAGACAUGGGAAUGGGUUAACCUCAAAGAGAUUUCACCUGAAGAUAUCCGAUGGGAAGGUGAGGAUCCAGGAAUAAUUAGUCGAUCUGGCCGUGGUGGACCAGGUCGUGGGGUUAAGAAGUCCAUUGGCCGUGGUGGUGUUGUUCCGGGUGCAGUAAGAGGGAGAGGGACAACAAAGGUUCCACCCAAGAAAGAUUUUCCACCAUCGCAAAAUGGCAUUGGGAAAAAGAGUUCUGAUGAUAUUGAAAUACUCCAUACAGAAACUCUAAUUAAAGAGGUGGAGAGGGUUUUUGGUGCAACUCAUCCAGAUCCUAUUGAGAUUGAGAAGGCAAAGAAAGUGCUGAAAGAACAUGAACAAGCGCUGAUUGAUGCCAUUGCAAGGCUCGCAGACGCAUCUGAUGGUGAAAGUGAUGACGGUGAGCACCAAUUCUCCCAUGGGCAUUCAAUGGACCGAGAACGAGGGUGGAGAAAUCGGCAUUAUGGUGGUAACCAGCGCGCUUCCGACUUUGAUGAUGAAAUGGCUGCAGAUGGCAGGGGCGAUGAGAGGGAUCAUCGCAUCGUUGGUGAUGGUGAUGACCAGCAAGAUGGUGAUGAUGAAAUCUAAAUGUUUGGCGUUCCAGGGUUUGUACAACGAGAAAGGCCCUCCUCCCCCUUGUAUAUUACAUGAAUCAUCAUCAUCAUCAUCAUCCUCAUCAUUUAAUUUUAUGAACAUCAUGGCGGAGAGCGCAUGGAUGGGUGUAAUCUUUUUAUCAUUGAUGAUGAUGAUGCUAGUAAAAAAUGGAAGGUUGGGACGCUUAUGUAAAAUUAUUUAAGCAGCAGCAAAUGUAACUUUAACAAGUGUCUGAUAAAAUGGUUGGUUUUUGUUUUUUGUAGGUUGCAAUUACAAGAUUAUUGAUUUUUA